AUGUCAUUUAUCUACGAGGUCGAUGAAGAAAAGGAAGCUGGAGUUGAUGACAAAAUUCCCAACCUAGAACAUGACGUUUCUCGAGCCAAAAUGUUCUUGCAACGAUGCAGCCCGGAAAGUGGCGACAGUCUAUACAAUCACCUGGCCGAGUUGUUGGAAAAAAUUUUGGCUGAACGUCCGAAAAAUGCUGUCGACAUAUUCGAAGAAUACAGCAAAAAGCUCAAAGAUGAAAGAUACAAGAGCAAAACUAAUUACCUCCGAGAACAUUACGUAGCCCCGAUACCCUGUGACGAGGCAAAAACGUUCAUCAGACUUUAUCAGAAUCUACGAUCCGACCAAGAGACCGAAAAUGAAAUCGACGAUGAGGAGAGAGACAACGAUUUUACACGAAAACCUCCCGACUUGUUCGACCUUUUUUAUAAUCUCGAACGGAUCGACGUCGGUUUGCCACGUUCGGAAAUAAUAACUUUGAAUUUAUCGAUUCGCAAACUCAUCGCGGAGAGACCGGUUCAAAAUGUCAGAUUUUGGGGUAAGAUAAUCGGCAAACCAAAAAACUAUUACGUAGUGGAGACGGAACUUUUGGAGGAGGAAUUGCUGGCUCGACGCAGCGCCGCCGCCGAGGCCGAAGUUGCGGAUAGCGAUGAAAAAAGGGGGGAUUAUUCAGUGGAGGUGGACGCGACGCCGCCGGAUGGAAAUGAGGAGAGAACGGAAGAGCAAAAAGCCAGCGGGGAAAACGAGCUUUCGAAAAAUGAGGAAACCUCCGAUAAACUGCAACUGGUCUUCCCACCGAUGCCUAAAAACUAUUGGAAAGAUCCGCCGGUCGUGCCGAUCGAGGAGAUCGGCACUGGCCUCAACGGACACGUCUACUACGUUUGCAAUUCACCGGCGAGUGACGAUUGGACCGAAUUACCUUUGGUAACACCCCGACAAAUCGUCGUCGCUAGACAAAUCGUUCGAAUCUUUACCGGCGACCUCGAAACUCCGAUACACACUUUUCCGCCGUUUCCUGGUACGGAAAAGAACUAUCUACGGGCUCAGAUAGCGCGCAUAAGCGCUGCAACCCUCGUAUCGCCGAUCGGUUUCUUCACUUUCGGUGACCCCAUCGACGAGGAAGACGAGGAAGAAGCCGACACGGAAGCUGGGGAUGACGAAGAGGCCACAGGCUCGGGAAUGAUAUCGGAAAACCGGCACUACGAGGCCCCGUCGUUGAAGGAGCUGGUGGAUCCUUCGCUAUCGAACUGGUGCCAUCACAGCCCUUACAUUCUGGCGCAAGGUCGAACAGUGUGGUGGGAUCCUCGCGAGGGAGAAUCGCGAGAGAACGAAGUGAGCGGGGAGGACGAGGAAGUGGACGAGGAUGAAGAAAAGGAGGAAAGCGGUGCCGGCGAAUUCGCGAAAGAAGUUGGGCCGCCGCUGCUGACUCCGUUGUCGGAAGAUGCGAGGCUCGGUUCGAUCGUGGCUUGGACAGCACGAGCCUCGUCGACAAUUAAAUCGGAUCGUACAGCUAUCGCGAUCGUUCGCUCAAACAUCUGGCCAGGAAGCUGUACUUUCGCCACGGGCAAGAAAUUCGCCAACGUCUACAUCGGCAUGGGUCAGAAGUUCAACCCUUAUAAUUAUAGUCCACCUGACAUGCCGAUCAUUCAGGAACAGUAUAACAUCGGCCCGGAAGUAAUGGAGAUUCAGGACCCGAGUUUCGAGGCGGAGGAGGCUUAUCGCAUCGCCCACUUGCCCCCUAACGAACCUGGACCGCUUGAGCUUGAUGACGAUGAGGAGGAUCAAGACGACGACGAAGACGAUGAAGAUGACGACGAGGAUUAACGAGUCCUUUGGAUGGAAAUCCGUACAUGUGUUAACGUUUAAUCAUUUAUUGGAUAUAACACUAAUGUUGAGCAGUAGAAAUGUUCCACUGAGAGUAUCACAUUCAUCGAAAUAUUGGCGGGACGAGAGGUGACGAGAAUUCGCACGUAUUUAUGGUUGUUGGAAAUAAAGAAAUUCUGAAUUCUGGA